AUGUAUCUCGAUAGGUGCGUGGAGCCGAAACAGGUUAAGCUGCUGGCGCCAGAGGUGCUCCAUGAUCCUAUCGACCCGACGGAUAUUGGCAGGGUGGCUGGUGCCAUACUCGUCAACCCACGACAGUACGCUAGCGGCUACCAAGCUACGAUGACUUCCGGCAAGGAUGUCAUCUAUCUCACCGGGCCGGCGCUGCUGUCCCAGACUGAGCAGUGGGAGAUCAUCAACCGGGAGCUCGCUGCGGCCGGGAAGUCCCCGGUCAAGGUCAAUCACAUCACCGUCGAGCAGUACCUCAAAAGCCUGGCUGCGCUGCAUCUCCCGGACGCGAUGGCCAAUUCCCUGGCCAAGUCCGUGGUAGAUACAGGGGCGCUCUACGCAGAAGACCUUGGGAAGCAGAGGGCCAACGUCGGGCUGCUGACCGGCCGGAAGGCGACGAGCUUUGAGGACUUUGUAAAGAGGGAGAUUUCAACAUACUUUCAGUAG